CAUUAUGUGUACAGCCGACUUGGUGGCAAUCACUACUUGACCAUCGGACGACCAUUGCACACAAUUCGAGGAGGGGUGUGAUGUUGCUGUCGGUAGAUUCAGGGCCGUAUGUACCGCAUAGAGUGACAUUGUGUCCUUCCGAUUAUACAGUUGACCUGGAAAAUCAGCAGAACAUGAAUCCUAGAUACCUUUCUCCAGAGAUGGCAUUGGAAAAGAUGAAAGCGGAAUGAAGGAAAGUAGAAAUUCCAAGUCAAGUUCGGUCCGGUGUGCCGUUUUCCCUGCAACAGGUGCAAACAAUUUUUCCCUUGCGCAAAAGUUCGCUCGGCUAUUAUUCUCUUCCUCUCUAUUCGCUAUCAUGGAUACUUCGUCGACGCCUGGUGUCAGCCCAAUUCCAUUGCGUGGUUCGUCAAAUGGACGAGUUUCAGCUAAAUCCUGGAAGCCUCUAAAGUCUGCUACAGCGCGAAGUCUUGCAUCUACCGGACGGAAAUCCAAGAGCUGGGAUGAUCGCAUGGAGAAAGCGAAGAAAGCUAUGUCUAUCAAGAAGCUAGAGAAAGAGUUGAAGGAAGAAAAGCAAGCCGAAAUUACGCGCCGGAAGGAAAUAACAUCAGAGAGGAGAAAGGCCGCGGAAGAGAAACGGCGACUGGAGGAAGAGAAAGCCAAGAUGGGUGCCAGAAAAGCAGCUCGACUACGGAGAAAAGCUGGCAGAAGCAAAAAGAUUAAUGGGUAACCGUUGACUGAGCUUCCAGAUUCUCUGUAUGUAAUAGUA